UAAGGCCCCGCCCGCCGCGGCCGCCCAGACCCCUGACUGGUUUCGGGUCGCAGCAGUUACUCGUCGAAUUUGGAAGCAUGGAGCAUGGCGUCGGUAAGGUUGGCGGCCUGGGGCGCGCCCUGUGCGUGGUGACCGGGGCCUCCCGCGGUUUCGGACGGACGCUGGCACAGCUCCUGGCCCCGCUGCUGUCGCCUGGCUCCUUGUUGGUCCUAACCGCCCGCAACGACGAGGCGCUGCGGCACCUGGAGGCCGAGUUGGGCUCCGAGCGGCCUGACCUGCGGGUGGUGCGGGUGCCCGCUGAUCUGGGCGCCGAGGCCGGCUUGCAACAGUUGCUUGGCGCCCUGCGCGAGCUCCCUAGGCCCGAGGGCCUGCAGCGAGUGCUGCUCUUCAACAAUGCGGCCUCUCUUGGAGAUGUGUCCAAAAGCUUGGUGGACCUGACUGACUCAGCUGAAGUGAACAGCUACUGGGCUCUGAACUUGACGUCCAUGCUCUGCCUGACUUCCAGCUUCUUGAAGGCUUUUCCUGAUAGUCCUGGCCUCAGCAGAGUGGUGGUUAACAUCUCAUCAAUCUGUGCUGUGAAGCCCUUCAAAGGCUGGGCCCUGUACUGUGCAGGGAAGGCUGCCCGUGACAUGAUAUAUCAGGUUCUGGCUGCAGAGGACCCUAGUUUGAGAGUGCUGAGCUAUGCCCCAGGUCCCCUGGACACAGACAUGCAGCAGAUAGCCCGGGAGGCUUCCAUGGACCCAGAUUUGCGAAAAAGGCUACAGGAGCUGAAGAAUAAGGGGGAACUUGUGGAUUGCAGGGUAUCAGCCCAGAAACUGCUGAACUUGCUGCAAAAGGAUGAAUUCAAGUCUGGAGCCCAUGUCGACUUCUAUAAUGAAUAAGCCCACGUGCUUGGCUUCCUGGGGCUUUCUUCCUCCCCUUUCAGGCACACCCGGGAGCCCUCUAGAUCCCCACAUCCUGCCACAAGCCAGCCUUAGGCAGAUAAGCUUUCCUGCUACUGUCCUGCUCUCAGAUCCAGCCAGCAGCUAUGAGGGCCUUGGGUAGAGGUCCCAGUUCUCAGGAGUCGGUGUUGAGCACCCUGAGUGAGGAGGAGGCUUGAGAGAGACAAGUUAGGGGUGUUGGUGUUUCUCUCUCCUGGGGAGUAGAAUAUUAGGGAUGGGAAAAGCAGGACAAGAAGCUGAAACACCGAGGAGAGGAAGUUGGGUCUCCUGCCCCUGGUCAGUCCCCGGGGAGGAGGGGGAGCUUGUGUCAAAAUGCAGAUUCACAGUUGGUCUGGAGGGGAAGGAGGACAGCCAAGUCCCAGCUCACAGGGAUGCCUCCUGGACCUUCUCUUCAACUUUGUGUCCUCGUUCUGCUGCUGCUUCUCUCCAGAACCUGCCAUCCAUCUCCAUCAUGAGGGGAGGAGCCCUGAGAGCUGAAGUACGUGUUAAUGGUAGCUGCAAAUAAAAUGUAGGUUGUUGCUUU